CAUUUCAUACUGUUGGCCAGGCGGCGCUAACUGACAAAUGACAGAUGAAAUAAUAUGCAAGGCAUUGGCGUAAUACUGGUACUUACGUGUCGAUCGGGAAGUUCUUCAAACUCAGUAGUUAAGUCAGACAGAUCACUAUGUCCAUGUCAAACAGGAAAGGUGGAGGGAAAACGAGAACAGUUGCAGGCGGUGGAUUUAACCUCAGCGAUACAACAACAACAAACACAGUCCACCCCAAAAUAUUGAAACAGGCUCGUCAGAGCGGACAGCUGAAUUUGUCUGGAAGAGGUUUUACUACAGUUCCAGACUGUGUAUGGAAUCUAAACUUGGACUUACCAGAAGAGGCAAAGACAAUCUCUCUGGAUCAUUCUGAAGAAAGAUGGUGGGAACAGAAGGACUUGACCAAACUCAUCUUGGCCUCGAACUCCUUGAACAGCCUUUCAGAGGAUUUAGCAAAACUUUCAGCUUUAGUUGUCCUUGAUGUUCAUGAUAACCAGUUAACAUCUUUGCCCAAAGCCUUAGGAGCCCUGAGUGAACUACAGAGGCUAAAUCUUAGCCACAAUAAACUGGAGUUACUCCCCUCUGAGCUGUGUCGCCUCUCUAAUCUCACAGUUCUACAGCUUCAGAACAAUUGCCUUGCUGAGCUGUGUCAACAGAUUGGAGAUCUACAUUGUCUCGAGGAGCUGGAUAUAUCUAACAACAGGAUCAGUGAAUUGUCAGCUCAUGUGGGCUACCUGUCCAGGCUGAGGAAAUUCAACCUGGCUCAUAACAAGCUACACUCCCUACCCCGGGAGAUCGGAGACUUACGAUGUUUAAGAGUGUUGGAGGCCACACACAACAGUUUGGAAAGUCUUCCCCUGGAGUUGGGGAAUCUGUGUCGACUAGAAGAGUUAUAUCUACGUCAUAACCGCCUGUCUGCUGUACCAAACCUGUCUGCCUGCUCAUCUCUCAAGGUUCUACACCUUGGCAACAACUGCGUGGAGGAGGUGACAGCGGGGAGUCUAAGGGACCUGCCUUCUGUAUCCAUCCUUGAGCUCAGAGAUAAUAAGAUCAGCAUCUUACCUGAGGAGAUAUCCUGCUUGGAGGGACUGGAGAGACUGGACCUGAGCAACAAUAACCUGUCAGGGUUGCCAUAUUGUCUGGGAAAUCUGUCGCACUUGAAAUCUGUUGUUCUUGAUGGGAACCCAAUGAAGUCUAUCAGACGAGACAUUAUCAUGAGAGGAACCAAUGAACUGAAGAAGUAUUUGCGAAGUCGUAUUGAGGAUCCGCCCACCACCAGCUCCCAGAAGGUUGUUGAGGAGGGUAAAGCACCGAGUGGGCUUAUUGGUGAUCAGGGUGGAUUAGAUACACAUACUAUCUAUCAGUUUAAAGCAUUGGAUUACAGUAAUAAGCAAGUGUCGACAGUCCCUGAUGAUGUGUGGGAAGUGGCGGCCAAGGCUCAACUACAGUCCAUCAACCUUAGUAAAAACGCGUUAACGGAACUUCCCAGCAACUUAAUGGUGGUGGUGGACACUCUUAAGGAACUGUACCUCGGGUUUAACAGACUGACAAGUGUCCAUCAAGAUAUUGGACUCUACCUGAAACUAACAACUCUAGACCUGAGAAAUAACAAGUUGGAGUCAUUACCAAGUGAGAUGUCAUCUUUGCAAAACCUACGUGAAAUAAUUCUCUCAAACAACAGGUUACCAGAAAUUCCAGAGGUUUUGUACAAUUUAGAAAAACUGGAAAUCUUAUUUGCUUCUGACAACAAAAUCCAGUCCAUUGAUGUAUCUGGAUUUCUGAGGUUGAAGUCUCUGGGGACGCUUGACUUACAGAACAAUGAUAUAGGCCAGGUGCCUCCAGAACUUGGAAACUGUACCUGGAUCAAAUCACUGUUACUUGGUGGCAAUGCUUUCAGGAACCCCAGACCAGCAGUAUUGGACAAGGGAACUCCAGCCCUCAUGGAAUAUCUGAGGAACAGAAUUGUUACUUAAUGAUUUUUGUCAUUUUU